CCAUCCUCACCCAAUCAUACACUAGUUAUCGUAAUUGAAGGUAAAAAAAAAAGAGCAAAACAAUGGCGAGCAAGAGAUUCCUUAACAACCUCGUCCCGGCAUUAUUCCUCUGCAUGGUGGUGGCGGCUAGUGUGGUGGAAUCCGCCGUCACGUGCGGCCAGGUCACGAGCUCGCUGACCCCCUGCAUUCCCUACGCUCGGGGCGUGGUUGCUGCCCCGUCGGCGGCCUGCUGCUCAGGUGUCCGAUCGCUGAAUAAUGCCGCCAAAACCACCCCUGACCGCCAAACCGCCUGCAAUUGCCUGAAGGUGAUUGCCCGCAGCAUCACCGGUAUCAACUACGGCAGGGUCGGUGCCUUGCCCGGGAAGUGUGGCGUCAGCAUUCCAUACAAGAUCAGCCCCUCAACUGACUGCAGCAGAGUAAAGUGAAGAAUAUCAGUUGGAGCCGGAAAAGAAGCUUUUAGUACGACGGCGACAUAGCUGGUUCUAUAAAUAAAUGAGGCUUUCUUCCGUACGGAGAGGCAAGCAUGAAUGUCUUAUGUUCCAGAUUUUUGCAUUUCUAGUGUUGUUUUCGACUCCAGAAGACUUUUCGUCGGACUCUGUUGUAAAAGAACCCUGAUAGUAACAGAUUUUCAAAAAAUCAUGGGCAGUAAUUUUCAAUAUUUGUCAUGCGCGUA